GCGCCAUUCGAACUUGGACUUCCCGUGGGACUCGAACAUGUCGCCCACAACAAGAAAGCGCAAGAGGAAUUACAUUCCUCACGUUAUCGAAGCCGUGAAAAUGCUUCAAGGAAAGUAUAAUGGAGCUUCCACCAAGAAUAUUGUGAAGUAUCUAGAAGAGAAGUUAAAUGAUGAAACGAAUGGUGUGAAAAAUUUGCCAUCACCAGCUGAUGGAGUAAUAAAAUCCGCCCUCCGAGCUGCUUUGACUUCUGGUUUACUUGUUCCUUGCAGUGGGAUCGGUUUGAACGGGUCAUUUAUAUCACCAAUGCACACUAAAGGAAUAAGAACAACAGAUGUCAAAGACAUGAAACAACCCAAAAAGCAGAAAUCUGUCAUCACAAAAGAAGCAAAGCUGCAAACAAUUUCUUCGCUAGCAAGUGAAGUCCAAGAAAGAGCUCUCCCUCGAAACAAACCGACAAAGGUGGAAUCUGCGUCCAAACGUCAGCGAAAUACUAAGCUUCAUCUACCAGUUGGUAAUUUUGAGUCAAAGAAAGAAGAUCAGGUUGAAACUGAAGAGAAUACAACAUCAUUAAAAACCAUCUUGAAACUGUCAGGAAAAAGAAACUUUACUGGCUCUAAAAUCAAACGAAAGAAAGUUAUAAGAAGAGUGAAGUUUCGUUCGCCGCCCAAGGUAAUUUUCAUAACGCCUUGCAUCAAGAGACGAUCCAAGCGAAAAAAGGCGGAGUAACUUUAGCGGUGAUGGCGAAUAUGAAUCCUGGAGGGCCAGGAAAAGUUUCUUAGGCAGACUGUAACUGGAGUACACAAGAACAAAGAAUAAACUUUAAUACCGCGCCUGACCCAGAUGUUCCAUGUUGUUUCAAUGGCAGCACUCCUUUUCUUUGUGUGAGGAGUAAUUAAUUAUACUGAUAAAGAAAAGCCUAAUUUCUGUGGAUACUUGCCCUCCCCCCCCCUCCACACUCCCCUGUCAAAUCCAUGCUUAAAUCCACAAGUCUGUGUCAUCCGUGUAAUUUAUGUUUUGUUCUUUCAGAAAAGUUCCCACUGAAAAGAAGGCAAGGGAUGUUUUUGGAUUAUGAAAACCAAUUUUUUUUGUAGGGUCUUAAAAUCAAUAAGUUGAUAACUUCACUUCGGAUAUGCAAGUGUAUCCAUUGAUAUUUUUUAACAACUUCAGCCAGUUGCCCCAGGAUUUGAACCAUGAAUUUGCAGGAUAGAC